AUGUACUCGCCUUUCGAACUUAUAGAUGGAGAGCUGGUGGAUUUGCACAUAUGCUCGCCUAUAAACUCCCCAGAAGGCGUCGCCAUAGUUUACUUUAAGGGUAGUAAGGGAAAGGAAUGCGUUUUGCGACCCUGCACGCUACUACUUUCCCAAUACCGCAUAAUGCUUUGGGUUGACGGCGACCCCCAGUGCACGGUGAAUAUUUCCCUUUUGGCUAUUGACCGAUGGAAGAUCCAACCAGCAAACCAUCAUGUUUCCAGGGCUUUGGAUAUUAUCCAGCAGCAAGAGCCACGGUCCGUAUCGUCGUCGCCACAAAACUCGUCUUCUUCAGUCCCUUUGUUGCUGACCCUUAAUCUCAAGCAUGUGUGGGCACACCACGUUUUACUUCCGAGAAACUCCAUGAUUAUUCGAAACAUCCAGGCACGACUUACAGCUUGUGCGAAUACGUCAAGGCUGGAUCAACUCCCUGCCUUCACAUUGGAGCAAAGUCGGAAGCAGCAAUGGCAGCGCGCGGCGACAGCCCUCGAGCUUGAUGAGGAUUCGCGGCUUGGGGAGGACUUUGGCUGGUGCUUGUGGAACUCCCGGCUGGAGUGGGACCGUCUGCUGUGCGCGAACCCGACACAGGCGGUGCCGGACACCCAACCCGCGGAGGGCGUAAAAGGCGCUGUGGCAGUGGGCAAAGACUUGCGUCCCUGGUUCCAUCACAUCUCGAUGCGCACGAACACAAGCGAUGAUGGCUCCACCGACGGCGAAGAAGAAGGUCAUACAGCAACGCUGUACAUCUCCCCAGCAACAUACCCUAUGGACGUCGUGGAGCCAAUAACGGUUGACAAGACCCUGCUGCUAGGCGCUAUGACCGCACGUUCCAGGGCGCGCUUCCCUGCACUCUCUUAUGUCCAUCUCGCCUCCGGUGCAGUUUUGGCACGCAGCUCGCAGCCACUGUUGCGCUCGCAGCGGCUCUACCUUGAUGUCAUUCUGUGUCAGGCCCUUGUCAACCGUGGCUUCAGCGAAGCCAAUUUGGCUUCUGCACGAACCACGUCUGCUACACCGGAGCGAUCUAGCUUAGGUGCAUCGCCUUCCUCACCACCUGCCUUUGUACCCCCUCCUUCGCUAUUUGAGGAGCAUCGUAUUGGGGGACUACAACUACAGCCGUCCUGUGUUCCCAAUAGUGGCGCCUCGCCGCUCCCUAGCGGUGUUUUGAAGGUGGCGGACUGCCGGCCACUACUUACCGCGAAGGGUAAUGCCCAGUUGGGCGGCGGUUACGAGUCCGGUGCGCAGUAUAGUUUCUGCUCUACCGAGUUCUACCACAUUGAGAACAUCGUGUGUGUAAGUAAAUCUUUUGAUAAACUCCGUGCGCUUGUCUCGUGCUAUCAAGGUGACAACGCCGAGGAGGGCUUCUACAAGACACUUCAUGACACCCAGUGGCUGUACCAUAUUCAGCGCAUCUUGGUCUGCUCGUCCGAGGUGAGUCAGUCCAUUGUGAAAGGGCAGUCGUGCUUGGUUCAUUGUACGGACGGCUGGGACCGCACCGCGCAGUGCUGUGCCACUGCCAUGCUUUUGUUAGACCCCUUCUACCGCACCGCGGGGGGGUUCUGCAUGCUAAUUGAGAAGGAAUUCUGUUCCUUUGGUCACAAGUUUGCCGAGCGCAGCGCGCAUCAAGUCCCGGGUCGCACCUCCCUCGUGACGCAUUCGGGCGUGAGCGCCUCAGAUACAGAGACUCGAGAUAGUAGCGGGAAACUGGAUGCGUCACCAAUCUUUGUGCAAUUUAUGGACGUAAUAUUUCAGAUCAUGCGGCAGUUUCCCGACGCCUUCGAGUUCACGACUCAACUUUUGGAGUACUUGAGCGAAGAGAUCUACUCCGGCUUCUAUGGGACAUUUUUGUGCAAUUGCGUACAGGAGAGGACGCUAGAAGGUGUGCGGCUGCGCACGCGAUCCAUCUGGACCGACGUUAUGCGGCGUGUACAAUCUGAGAGGCGCGGUGAGUUGCCGCUGCGCUUUGUGAACGCCCAAUACGACUACGAAACAGCUUGGGCGGGUAUCACCAGGCGAAACACAGAAUCUAGUAUUCUCACGCCGAGCUGCAACAGUAAGAGCCUUGUCUUUUGGGACGACCUUUAUUUCAAAGCAGACCUCGAUCGAUGUGUGAAGCGCGAGAGAGACAUCAAGAAGAGACGUGAAGUAACGCGUGUUCUGUCAUGGGGACUUGAAUUCGACGCCUUCUUGGAUGAGUUCAUCCAAGCGGCUUGCCGCGGGCGUGCAGAAGAGGUCCCUCAACUACAGCGCAUGGAAAAGAUCCUCCAAGCCUCGAGCACCAGUACGCAACCGUCGACGCGUAGUUCAUGGUGUACUUUUGACCCUGACAUAUGCUUUGGAUGUUUUAAAAGUAUUGGCGUCUUCACAGCGGCCGCGCGAUGCGACACUUGCAAGCACAGCUUUUGCAUGGAUUGCGUCGUCCACGUUUGCGUUGGUUGA